CGAAAUUCAUCUUUCAGAAGCUAUAGCUCCACUUAGACCGAGGUCUCACCAACGCUGCCGAUCUCUAACACCGUCCUACAACGACAUCAUAUAACUUCGAUUAGAUCGAACUCAUAUUCAAGCCUCACCCGCUACCAAACCAUCAACAAUGGCUCCUCUCACUCCCCACUGGCACCAGCCCUCUCACCCCGACAUCCAAGAAGUCGUCAUCGUGAACCCCGAGGAAUUCACCACCAAGAGCAUCUCGCGCGUUUCCCUCCCACCGUUUGCUGUCUUUGCGAAGUUCGAUUUCCCUCCUUGCACGCCCGCCAGCGAACCGACCUACGCUACCGUUCAGACCGGCCGCGACACUCAUCUCAACUUGAACAGUGACUUGCUGUACAUUAACCAUUCUUGCGAACCUACUCUCCUCUUUGAUGUAGGAAACUUGAACAUUCUCGUUGGACCCAAGGGUCUCAAGGUUGGCGAUGAGCUUACAUUCUUCUAUCCCUCCACCGAAUGGCACAUGGCCCAGCCCUUCGACUGCCUCUGCGGCACCCCUUCUUGCCGCGGCCGCGUCUCUGGUGCGCGCGACAUGACCCAAGCCCAGCUCGACGGUAUCUGGCUCAACGGUCACAUCAUCCAGCUCCGCGCCGAGCAACUCGCCCGCUCCGAGGAUCCCACUGCCAACGCCCUCCGCGACGCCGUUGUCCACGCCGAGAAGGUCCUUGAAUCGGCUCGUCUUGCUCUUCGUUCUUACACGAGCAACGCGCACGCUCAGAACGGAAAUGGUACUUUUCCUUCCAAGUACACCAACGGAACUCUUGGAAAGGCAGCUGUGUUGGAGCAUCGCGGCCCGACCUCUCGUGAGCUGAGCGGUGAGAUGGGUGGUGAUACUGUCCGCGCUUAGAGGCCAGGCCUUUGAUGGCGGCGACUGGAAGAUGUUGCUGCUGUUGAAGAACCCAUCGGUAUCAGAUAUGUAGGUAGUUAGUUCACAAACACAUUCGUUUAUGAUCGACGUGCUGAGUCUCGUUUCGCGGCGGUGGUGGAAGCUUCGUUAUUGAAUUCAUGAGUGACUCUCCUAAUCUGCCGAAGUC